AUGCCGCCCGCAAAAGCUCCCCAGCCUAUCUUCGUUGCAUCCACCGGUUCCAAAUCCACCAAGGACGUUUCUCAAAAGGGAGACGAAGUCUCCGCACGCCCUAUCGAGCCUCCGACACCAAAGUCCAGUGUGAUGCUAGAGAGAUAUCUUCAGCAAGAUUCAGGCGAUGAUCCUAUUGUUGUGUUCAGGGGAUAG